UACACCGGGCAUGCAGUAGACGAGUUGGGUGGGUGAAGAGCGUCAAGUCGUAGUCCGAAAGGCGCGGUUGUAGUUUGACGAGAGCGUUUCUAGUCGCGCGUCGGUGUCGGAGGAUCCUUAUCAUGGCCGUUUGUCAGGCCGGCUUGACAGCCGUCUAACAAAACGUGCUUAAAACGUACGCAAAGUCCUUGCCACGUAAUCGCGCGAUAAGGCCCCGACAUUCAUGUUUCGUUUUCCUACGUAAGGCGAGCAACAAACGUCGCUAAGUCGAAGGAGAGACGCAAACUGAGGUCUAACUCAACUGUCAGUCGGGUUUCGACGCCCGGACCAUUGGCACCGCGAUAAAACACGCGUUUCGAUUUUUCGAACCGCGGUUGGUGCGGCGUGAAGUGAAUCGAAAAGCUCGCAGUGCUUUAUCAAUUUUCAUCUCCUCGGCCGGAAGUCGACUCAAGCAUGGUCCACAUGAGCUACGCGCAGUGGGCUUGCUUGCCGAGCACUUAUCGGAACAAGGUAAAUCCAGGCAGCAAAGCUGCGCAGCAAGGCGUUCGAGAGGGCGAUUUGAUAAGCAGCAUAAACGGUAAACUGACGCGAAAUCUCACAAACAGCGAAUCUCACGAUCUACUUCGAAGCACCGGGGAGCAACUGACCCUCGGUUUAAACCAAGAAGGCACUAGCUCGCCCAAACGGCGGAUAUACAAGAGCAGUCUGCAGGAAAACACGUCCACGGAGACUUUGAAGCGGAUCACAACCAAGACAAUCAGUUCAAACACCCGGCUACUUACAUCGGAAGUCAAGACCAACCGAUCGGAUGAUACGAAAAAUGACAAAGUAUAUAUCAAUCAAAACGGUGGCCUGAACACAUCGACGAAUCAGAGCAACGGUGACGUCAAAAGAAUAGAGGAUCAUUUUGAGGAAUUGGAUUACGCAACAGACGCGGAAGAAGCUUACGGCAGAAUGCCGAACAAUUCGCGAUCGCGGAAGAACCGUAGAAACAGGAACCGUAAACGGUACCAAACGUCGACCGGGGGGAAAUGCACCUCGGACAUCGAAGCCUCCUCGGAUGUCGCUCCGCCUACGCACGAAACAAUUAUCGACGAAAAGCCCGCCGGUGAUGAUGAAUCGGAAGUCGCGACGGUGAACGGCAGGUCGACGCCGGAAAACGUCGACUCGGAGAAGGAUGACGUCGUUUACGAAAACUUGAAUUUCUCUGUGAAGAAGCCGAAGAAUCGGUGCCGAAUCGAGAAACGAUCGCUGGACACCGGGACCAGGAUAUGCGAGAUCACCACCGUCAGGAACACGCCCUGCGAGGCCAAGGUCGACCACAUUCCCGGCGUCGGGAUCCUCGAAACGGGAAUAACGAAGGGCGUCGAGCCCGUCAUGACCGUCGUCGAGCCGAUCGAACCGCUCUCCUCGGCGGUAACGUCGAAGGUUAACACCCUUGGUGAGCGCAACUUCGCUCUGGCCCUACUAGCGAAGAACAACAGCCUCGACAUUCACGAGGUCAGCGACAGCGACAUCGAGCCCGACAACAGCAGGGUCGUAGUGAUAGAGGCGGAAUCCGACGUCGAGAAGGAACCGGUCGGUGAGAUUGUCCAGAUCGAAAAUAUACCGGAAGUGAAAACGGUGGACGGUGUCGAGGAGCAUAUGAGCCUCGAGAAGUACUACGACGGUCUGAAACAGGAUGCGGAAGGUGUUGAGACACCGGCACCGCUUACCGCCGAGGAGGAGGAACUCCUUAAGCCUGAACCACCGAUGUCGAAGGACGUCGAGGAGAAGCUGAGGUCCUUUAUCGAGGGUCUGAAUCUACCCUCGUCGCCGGAAGAGGCCAGGGACGAGUGUCAGCUUGCCGAGGAUGAGAAAACGACGGCGGAAAGCAAGGCUGCGAAGAAGGCGAGGAAGAGGGCGAUCCUGGAAUCCUAUUUCGCUCAGACCCAGGCAGCGAACAGGUUCCUCGGUAUUAUACAGGAGGAGGGUGAAAAAUUGUCGGAAGACGACGAGCAGCACAUCAGAGACUUCAUUAACGAGGAGAUAAGCAAGUACAGGCGAGAGGAACGCAGGCAGAGGGAAAAUAUUGAGGAAUUUCGGGAGGGUCAGACCAAGGUGAAGAUCGAAGCUCCUGAGAUCGUCUUUCUCAAUGACGGUCCAGACUCUCCGACGGCUAAGGAGAGCGACAACGUCUACGAGAACGUCGAAUUCAAGCGACCGGAAAUCGUCAAGGUUACCGCUACCGUUAGGGAAUUGCCGGUCGUAGAGGACCUGAAGAAUCCCGCACAAAAGUCCCCGACCUUCACGACCUCUGGUAAUCAUGUAAACGACCCCGACGUCGAAACCAGGCGAGCACCGAACCCCCCCAAGAGAUCGUCGAGUUUUAACAGCGAGCCGGAAGCGGCUCCUCAGCGGCCACCAACUCCGCCGGAAGUCGAUUACCCGGAGAACCUACCGGUGGUUCCGCCGCUGCCGGUCAGCGUUGAUUCCGCGCCGAAAGUACCGCCGACACCACCGGCGCGGAGGAAAAGUGUACACUUUGCCGAAGAGAACGAGACGAUCGUCAUCCCGGAACGACCUCCCGUGCCGAAAUCGCGGGAUAACGACGACGGGCAUUCCCAGGAUUGCAUCGCCGACUCGAUAUACGAAAACGUUAACUUAACGCGGAGCACCUGCGGCCUGCAGUCGAGGACGGGUAAAAACAAGGUGCGGGUAUGCCAGUCGAACGUCAAGACGGAGCAGAAUACCGUCGACUUCAUAAAGACGCUGCUGACGGUUCUUACGCAGCGGAACACGACUUAUCAGGAUGUGCAGGGGUUCCUUGAGGGGUUCGAUCUCGGGGUGCUGCCGAAGAAUAUAAGGGACAUUAUCGACGAGCUUAUGGAACCCAGUUCAAGGGCGUCGAGCGAGAGCGAGUGCAACGAGGCGACGCGAAACUCCGAGAAUGCUGUUGUUACUCAGCGGUCUGACGGCGGUGACGCCACCCCCGAAACGGCGCAUGAGCGAGGUGACGGAAUUCCUAAGGUAUUGCCAAACUCGUGUCAUUCGACGUUGAAGGAGAACGGCGAACGUUCGUCGGGUGAAAGUCAUUCGUAUGCGGACGGUGGUCGGGCGGAGGAAGUCGGUAACGGAGUCGCGGAAUCGGGGGACGAGUUCGAGGGAGCUUUUUGCGGUGAAGGAGGUGGAAAAAAACCGCAUACAGCAACGACGGAUUGUAUCGACGCGUCGGUGGAUGCUGCCCGACUUGCGGCUAAGAAUAACCUUCAGGCUGCAGAAGCGGCGCCGGAUAAGCGUGGGAAUAAUAGUGAGGUACAGGAGUUUGAGACGGCUUUGUGCACCUCGAGCGCUCUUAGUCCUACCGAAUUUCUUACUCAGCAGGACUCGUCGAGCAGCACCGCUUCUCUGAGCACGGCUAAAUACAACCCUGAAAGGUCAUCGCUGACCGACAUCAACUCCAUACUUCGCGACGAGGAGAAUCCGGAAGAUCCUUCCAACAAUUCACCUCAAUUAAAGCGGAAGUUGAAGCUUCUCAAGGAGGACCUAGACCCCAAGGAAGUCGCGAAGAACGAUCAGGACUCCCCGCAACCGAUACCCUACUCUCCCGUCGAGGAGUUUUAUCAGACGGAUCGGUUUGGAAAGAACGUGGAAGAAUCCGAAGGGUUAACGGAUGCGAAACCUGAUCUACUGAAGGACUUGUGCAUCAGAAAAAUUCUAUCGCUACCGUACGGUGAACAUAUCAUCAACGAGAUAACACUUCCGAAAUUCAAUAUAUUCAAGAAUUUACAGACCAUUCACGACACCGUCAACGACGCGAAGGACGUGGAUACGAUUCCAAAGGUUCCCGAGGCACCGAAAACUGUCGAGGAUCCGACGACCGAGGACAUGGACAAGCGGAGACCGCGAAGUUGGAUAGGAGUCCAAACCAGGGAGAACCCUCAGGUUUUCGUGUGUCUCUCGCCGUCCCAGCAGACGACGAAAGGCAGCCACGUCAGUGCCGAUAACUUGCUUGACCUUCACAGAAAGUUUGUCGAACGUCGAAGCUAUCACGAGGACGAUAAGAGGGAUGGAAAGAGUGCGAAGAGGCAAAGCGGCGUCGAGGUGCGCGGUGAAAACGAAACUGUUGGCUCGGCCUAUGAGUCCGUGGGUGUGAAUGACGGCAGGAAUGGUGGUUGCUCGACGCGCUGGAGUGGGGAUUGGCACAUUCCGAUGCCGGGCAAUCGGCUGUUGGAAAUUAUAAAGGAAAACUCAGUUGCCGGUCCAGGAGCUCGUGGAAAAGAGACGAUAGUGCCGAGGAACAGGGACGCGAUAUACAAUUACUACGGUGCCAAGUGCAACGGGUCGGUCGCAGGUCACAAGAGUCCAGCAUCGGGCACAGCAGCCAAGACAAUGACGCGGGUUCCUUCUUUGGAAGAAAGUCAGGAGAGGCUGAGAGCAACGCGACUUUCCGAUUGGCUAAACUUGGCGAGGCGAAACUCGGUCGAUGAUACGAAUAACGCCCAGAAGAUGAGUGGUAAUUUAUUAAUAGAGGAAUCCGCCAGGCGUAAACAUGAAACCACUGAUAAUAAGCCCGUCUGCGUUGGCGGCGAUCAGCGGGCAGUAAACAAGAACGCUGUUAACAACGCGCCACGUUCGUCCGAGGGGAAUUUCAGCGGCUGUGCAAAGUCGGUUAAUAUCACCAGAGAGGAGCGGGUCGAACACAGAACGACGAGCAAUGUGACCACGGUGAAAAGCUCCGAAACGACGAAUCCGGGAACGGCGCGGAAGUCCGGAGUCGGAGACACGGUUCAUCAGGUUAACAGUGCGCUGAUCGAGAAUGUAGACAAGCCGCGUGACCGGCCGAUCACACCGUUCAGCAAGAACCCGAUAUCUUGCAACAGUGCCAUCAUCGACAAAUCGGCGACGAACUUUGAGUUCGAGAGGAGGACGCCGGUACCGCGGAAAAACGACGCCAAGCACAACGUGAACUCGGCACUGAUAAACGACAAGCCGGAAGUACCGCCGAAGGUGAAGAGGACCGUUAACGUCGACCGAUCCUGCAUCGAUACCACGAGUAUAUUUGACCAAAACCCACCGCGAAGUCACCUGGAGAAACGACGGCAUCCGGAGGCAGACAAGGUGAAGAAACUUACCGCCAUAGAGAUCAUGGACAACCUGAAGCAGCUUCAGUCUGACAUGAAACGGCAGAUGGACGAUCGCCGGAGGUUCUCUCUGCCACAGGAAUACUUCGACAGACAGCUGAGCUACAUCGAGGAGCUCGAGGAUCAGCUCAAGAACGUUAUCAUCGCCGAGGAGGAGGAGCAGAAGGCGUUCGAGGAGGUGGUCCAGCAGGUGGACAGGAUGAAGCCGAGACCACACAGCGUUAUCGGCGGACCUUCGGUGAACUUGACCGAUCGCCAGUCGGCUUCCGGUUCGGACUCGUGGAUGUCCAGGGAACGUCUGGAGGACGAGAACGGUUACAGGCACAAGGACAGCUGGCACGAAGAGUCGAAGAACGUGACUCGGGACAAGUCGGAGUUCAUGAAGAAGGACGGACGCGUUGAGGCCUCGAAGAAGACCUCCAAUGAGAACGGGUGCAGGACCGAGGAAGAGUCGAGGAGCUCUGAGAGCAGGGAGGAGAGGUUCGUCCUGUCGAAGAGGUCGGGGAACGUGGUCGAGAGGGUCCAACCGCGGGUUCAGAACGCGGCGAAAACGGACCGGCCCAAAUCCGCGAUAUCGGCGAUACCGACGAGUGGUGAAAAGUUUCGGGAACAGAUGUACAACGAGUACGUGAACAAGGUUCAGGAACGGGAGGAACGCAAGCAGCACAAAGUCGUCAAGAUAAGCUCCCACAAGGAGCUACCCAGGAGGGACGAGGAACGCGGGAAUCGGGCCCGGGCCGGAAGCAUAGAGAACGAGUUUAUAGAACGGGCGAAAAAUAGACUCGAUAAAUUUGGCAUCAAGCUUGACGAGAGCGAAUCCGAGGCCGAAGGUCACUUUGGCGAAGCUAGGGUCAGGGCCGAUCAGACACCGAGCCGAUACGUGAUCGACGGUGACGAGGUUAUCGAUAUCAAGAAGUUGCCUAAACAUCUUCAGGAAUUCUUGAGGCUAGCCUCCCAGGAGGAUGCUGAUGCAGCUCGAGGAAAAGACAAUGCGACUGACCUCCUGCACGAGAUUGAUAAGGCUUUGAAAUUUGGAAAAGGAUUCCUGCUUGGUGAAGAAAACAACAUGUUCGCACCUUCGUUUAAAGCGACUGCAACUAAACCAGGAGUUUGGUCGCCCGGCAGCGAACCUCACAAGGAAUCGAGCCCGGAUCGUACCAAAGAAACCGACGCCACCUCGGGCAAGGAUGCUUGCAUACCUCCCGUAUGGACUCCCAGCAGUGCAACCACCAGCCCCGUUGCUGAACGAAAGGAAUUUCGCCCUGUACCCUUCGAGAGCCCCGUUUUAGGGCGAAAAAACAAACCUCAGUCUCAGUCUUCGACGGAGGAGGCGCCACCCCCGUGGGAGGGUGAAGAGUACAAGAAACAAGAGGCGAGCCAGGUGCUGUCGCAGACGAUAACGACGCGUAUCGUGAAUUCGCAUUCGGCGCCGAGUCAGGGGUUGAACACCUUAGCCAGUCUUCCACGCUUACCGCGGGCACAAAAUCCGACAAUCACCUUGCUGCAGAAAGCCAGAGAGGGACAACUGCCCAAGGGGGCCGCUUAUUUGGAAGAGGGCAACCACCCUCCACCCAGUAAAAACGACGACAAGCCGGUCAUCAGUCCGGGGGAAAUAAUUUACACAGUUAAGAAAGAGUACGAGAGUGAACCGGAGUCGGAGAACGAUCGGCCGAAAAAAAUGGCGGACCUUGGCCCCAGGAAAUUCGAGGGUAUCGGACCAAUCACCAAAGAGGGAAUUCCGCUGGUUUUGAGAUCAGAAGUUAAGGAAAACAAUCAGGCUAAGUGGUAUAAGAAAAUGUACGAUUCUCUUCACCGCGCCGAGAAUGACGAAGACUAUAUUACCAUUCGCUACAAACCACGAAGAGGAACCCGAUAUGGUUACGGAAGCGCGAGUGGAUAUCUGAGCGAACCGGAACCGCGAGCAAGUAACACCGAGCGAAGUGCAACGUUGGACAAUCGUCGUAGACAGAGGAACAAGGAAAAUGAUUUUUCGACAUCAACGAUACCCAGAAAAAACGGACCAGCCACAGUCAAGCACGCCGGUGAAGUUUAUCGCAAUCAGCCAGGACGCAUAGAGGAUUACGAACCCGGCCGAUCCUCGAUAGCCGACAAAGAAACUAAGGAGUGGUGGGACGAGGUCAUGGACAUAUUUGACGGGUGGUUGGACGAAAACGUCUCUGCGCCCCGGGACCGUUGUUGGUCGGAAAAAUCGAGCCUUCAUCAUCGCCGGCUGUCCGAGUCCUCCUCGCGUCAGCCGUUAAGCCUGUCCUACAUGGAGGCGAAGCUUCGUCCGGACGACGGCAGCGAACAAAGCCCGUUCGAGCAGCACAGCACCCACACAGCUAAACCGUACAUGUCACAUGCCCUGAAGGAGUCCGGCUACGAGAGUGACUCCACUCUGGUCUUCCGUCGACGCGAAGACGCCAGUCCUUUAAGUCCCCUGGAGCAAAGGCUCGCCUAUAAAACUGUCCAACGUGGAGGCGACGUCCCUCUUCACGGCCUCCGCAAACCAGCGCCAGAACGUCCAAAGGACGAAGACGGCUCGGUGAUCGAGUACUUCCCGAUAUCUCCGACCUUGACGCGAAUUCGCGUUCACAAGAAGAUCCCCUCCGCCACCGCAGCACCGAAAGACUCUUUGCCUCGAUCACGGUCCACGAUUCCAAAACCUCCGCCACCACCUCCGCCCUCGAUGAUAUUUUCCCAGUACAAAAGGUCCGCUCCGUCGCUGGCCACUUUGCCAGCCAGGUCGUCCCGAUCAGUAUUCGACGGACGUUCGCAGUCCACGUCGUCUAGAGUCCCGUCACCGGCGACGGGAAGACCUUCCUCCAGAGUGACGUCUCCUUUCGGCCGGCCACCUUCGCCACCCCGAAGAAGGUCAUCCCGGAACAACACGACCCUCAGGCUGUACUCGAAGAUGCAAGUGGGGGAGAACCCUCACUCGACAAACCCAAGACACGAGCAAUGCUUCAGCGCUGACAGUGUGUCCAACAUUCGUUUCCUGCGGGACAGGCUCUCCGGCAACCUCGAAAAGCAUCGGAGGGACAAGGAGGAGGCGCAAAGAGUCAGGAUCCACCGAACACUCUCUUCGAGCCCAGUCGCGGCCAGGACCAGGGUCUCUUCAACUGUGACAGCUGAUUUUCCAGGACGGAAUAUCACUCGGAGCAGUUCGGGGCCCGACAGGUACAGACCCAGAACGUUAACGUCGCCUAGUCCAGUGUCCAGGCAAUCCAGAGGCCAGGAGCAGAAGGUCCUGGGAGUCAAACGUCCGCUCGAGGAUAAGCCGCCGAUAAAACGCGUGCCUUCUAAGAGCCCGAUGUCAACUUGCAGCUCGAGGGAGUCAACUGUGGACAGACUUUACUCCCCAGAAAGGAGCUGCAGUCACGGCAGUCGGUCGAAACUCGUGGAAGCUUCGACGAGGAAGGAGCAGACUAGACCCAGGCGAACGAGGAAGGAACAGGACGAAGUGUGCAAGAGAUUGAGCAGGUCACCGGACUUGGCUUCGCCGCAGGAAGUGAGGAGAGUCGUUCAGAGGCAGCGCGAAAAGGACGUUCAAACGAAACUACUGCCGUCUGGAACCGUGGUCAAGAGCUCGACCACCUUGUACUCCUCGGCUCGGGGUGGGAAGCAGAGUUCGCAGGAAGACAAGUCCCUCAAGGUGACCGUUGCUAUAUCAUCCAAGGGUCGCGAACUCCUGCGUCGGACUGCGGAGGCUUCGACCUCAGGUAAAAAUUCGCCGACUGUCAGUCGUAAGACGACUUUUACCGAGCCUGUGGAGAGUCCGAGGGCGAAGGUCUCCAAGUCUUUUGAGAGCAAGGAAUCGGUCAAGUCGAUUUCGACCGUUGAUACCGAGGUCGCAGGAACCGCCGAGGGAAAUAAUAAGAGGAAGCGGCCCCGUGAAAGACCGCAAACGAUCGUAAAGUCACCGAUUAGAAAGCCGGAAACCAUCUGCGUGAAUCCCGACAGCAAGGAGAAGAGAGAGGAGAAGAGAAAAUCGCGGAGAGAGAGAAACUCCGAAUCUUCGAAGAGCAAAAAGUCUUCUAACGGUAAACGGAACGACGGAGAGAAGAAGAGGUCGAAAAAAGCGCUUGGCAAGGCCGCCGGAAACGAGGUCGCUAAGGAGUUGAAGAAGCUGGAUCAUCGGGAUCAAACCAACGUCCAAAGACUAACGGUAGAACAAAUAAAGCGGCAUCAGGAGAUCAUGAAGUCGGAUACGUUCUUCCAGAACCUCUUCCUGAGAAACACCGGCUCCCCGACACCGUCUCAAAGCAGCGUCAUGAGGACGUCUUCGGUGAUGGAAAGAGCGAGGAUAUUCCAGGCCGAGAACUGCGGCACAUUCAAGUCGGAGCCGUCGAUUCGGUCCUUGAACAUCUACCUGACAAGCAAGAAGCCGGUUUCGAAUUCAAAGUUCAAGAACUGGGAACGCGAGAGCGUUUCCUCCCGAUGUUCGAGCCCUUACGGGGUGAGCUGGCCGGGUCGUCCGGUGUACCAAAAGAUAAGUAAAUUUGACAGCCUGCAGAGCAUAGACGAUUACGCCAUGGAGUUCGGCUCGGUCUCAUCGUUCCGCGGACGGAGUCCUGACAUCACCCGAGACUGUCACAAAGAGAGAAGCCUCAGCGAACCACCGUUGAAGGUGCUUCCGGAGAAUGAGGAAAAGAUUUGUACGAAUGGAGUUGUGCCACCCAGACCGGCUUCUCCGUCGCCAAUCAGAUCUCCGGCUUGUCGAAGGAUACAGAGUCUACGACAACAAGACACACCAGGGAUGACGAUAGUGCGGAAGGCGAGAGCGAGAAGUGCCGAGGAGGUCGAUCAGAGAAGAAAACUGAUAUUGGGGUCGAAUUUGUCUCUGUGCAAAAGUACAAGCUCACUUAAUCUUUCGCAGAUAGACAGAGAUGAGUACCAGCAGUACGUUCUUGAGAUGUUGCACUGUAAGAGGAAAUCGAAGAGGUACAAGGACCUCCACGAUUUUUAUGCGAGCUUGGAACGAAUGGGAGAAUUGGAACGAACCACUUCGACCGGUGAUCUCAGACCUCGCUUGCGAAACGAGGAAAUCAUAGAUUACGAUAGAUGGAAGGAGGUGCGAUCCAAAGAGCGAGCCGAGCGGGAACUUGAAGUACUUUAUGGAAAAUUGCAGAACGUACAGAAAGAGAAGGACUUCCUGUUUCGACCCAAGGAGGUGGAGCAGUUCAGGUGGAAAGGAGACUCCGGUCUUAGGUGCAAGGAAAAAUCGGUAGAGAAUAUCCGCGAACAAUUUCAAAGGCUCGAAAGCCAGGAGAGCGAUCUGGAAUCCGCACGUCGGCGAGAUAUGGCGGCUCGCAAGGACGUCUACAAGCCACUUUGGCGUGGCAAUUCGGUAGUCAGCGUGGCUCACACGCUUGACAAGCGAGCGACGAUGUCCGAAAGUCUGAAUCGUACGGCAAGACCUGAGUCUUCGAAGAGCCUUGGCAUCAGUCGAAAGCUCUGGAGCAGUUUGUCCGUGGAACAGGUGAACGCGUUGAAGAACCAGCUGAACGAAAUAUACAGCAACGAGAAUGGAAAGCCGGAGAGCGAGAAAGCGAAGCCGACGUCGAAGACAGACUACGAGAUAGUCGUACCGCCUCGGGAAGAGUUCGGCGAGGAUUUCCAGGACGAUAACAAAACGCUUCACGUACGAUGCCAUUCCAUGGUGACGCCCGACAUAUGCAAAAUGGCGGAAAAGGCGGACAGCAAGCUCGAAGAAGAGCGUCUGCAGACGUCGCCAUUGAAGCGGAGCGGGUCGAUUAGUCGGGGCAGAAGCGUGGAAAGGUCACAGUCCGAAAGGUCUUCGGGCGUCCCGCCGAUGUCCGAACUCGAGAAGAAGCGGCUAUCCUUGACGCUGAGCAAGGAGGUUCUGGACAAAGUCACCCAGAAGAAGGCCCUGCAGACGGCGAUUUCUCCACGCGAAACUCGCGGCGCGAUUGCCGUCGCCUCGGCUCAGCCGAAGCCAAGUUUGCCAAGCGCAAGUCCGAGCUUUUCUAGCGCUUCACCGCGGACCUGCUACUCUUUGGAGAUGUCCGAGGAGGGAACAACCAAGUCAAAGGACAAGAGCGACUUCCUGCUGGUCUUGACGCCGACCGACGAAACUCCAAAGAGCAAACGCAGAGUCGAAAACGUCCUUGAACAGUGGUCGAAAAAGCAGCCGGAAAUCGCGAUGGUCGUUUCGGACGAAACGGGGAAGCCUCCACGGCCCGGUUCGACCAGCGAGGUUGACAGCACGACCGAAAGCUCGGAGGCAUCGGUGAGGACCGUGAUCGGACAGGGAAGCGCGGAAGAUGUUUCCAGGAAAGUUGAGUUCUUCGAAAAGAUAGACACCGGAAUUACGGAUGUCAAGUCUUCUGCUCCCGAUGGUCUUCAAAGGUCUUCGAACGCACGGUCGACCUUCUCGCAGAGUUUCGCCGACUUGAAAGAGCUCUUCGGCGAGUCGGAAUCCGCCAGGUUCGGGACCUCAUCGAGCUACGGGUCACGACCGCGUUCUACUUCGCCUAGAAGAAGCCCCACCGUGCUUCCGGAAGACGUUAAAACUCGGUCAAGCCGCCCUCGAUUUCAGGACGACGAUCGGGAACGACCAAGGAGCGCCAGUCCGUACCGACCGACGUCAAACGCCUCGAGUACCGAGAGCUUGUGGAAGCGAAGCGAGUCUCCGGACCCGGAAAGGUACUGGCGAGCUUACCUGAAGCUGGUGCGAAGCGGGGCCGUGAAGAGACUUCGCGCAAAGUACGAAAGCCUCGAGGAACUGACCGGCGAAAGGGUGAAGAUAGUACCGGCUCCGAAGCGAUUCCAGAGCGAUCCGGAGCUGACGAGGAACUUGCUGAAGAGGGAGAUCGACAGGGUGGUGGUCAAGGGGCAGGAAAUCGCUGACGUCAACUGGCUUCGACGGAAGUACGAACCGGUACCCGGGAGGGCCAGGAGGAGGGGAGCGUCGCCACCGAUACCGAGAGUCCCUCUGCGCAUGGAGGAUUUGGGGAUGCCGCGGAUCCACGUGAUCAGUAAGCUCGCCGAGCUCAAGGGGCAGCGAGCUUCCUCCGCGACGGGCCGCUCGAGGGUGACGGAGGCCGACGAGCUCCAAGCUAGGCGGGCGGUCGGGAGGAUCCGAAAGAAAUUCGAGAGGGAGGGUGUGGACGACGUGUCCAUACUAGGUGAGAUGUUCACUUCGGCACCAAACGUUCACGAGCUACGUGAUAUUGCACCGUAUUUGGCCGGUCAGUGGGUAGCGCACAGGUUUCCUAGCCGUCGCGACAACGCGCGCUCGCUGUCCUCGCCGGAGUUAGAAAAAGCAUCGACGAGGCCUGCUCGGGUCAGCGGGGAUUCGGGGAGGAACUCUUUCGGAAGACCUCGCGCCACCUCCUCGUCGCCCGUUCGACCCCGCAGACCACCCUCGAUAUUGAAGCAGUCCUCGAGGCUUACCGCCACGGAUCCCUUCGCUAACCAACAUUUUGACCCCAGCAAACACAGGCCGAGGUAUAGGUACCAGCCGCCACCGCCGAAAGUCAUCCACAGGGAAUCGACUCCCUGGUGGCCGCCGAUUCCAACCUACACUGCUCGGCCUACCGUCACCUUCGAAGAGUACGCCACUGCACCCCCACCGCCACCAAAAGCUCCACACUACAAAGGCGAUCGCCAAGAGUCGCCGAGGCGAUAUGUGGAGGGUGAGGUGACCAUCCAUUAUCGUUCCCCGGUUCGCACUGAGGCCAAAGAAGUUCUUAGCGAGGCGGAAUUGGCGCGAAGAAGCGCCGAAAACAUGCGCCGGGUUUAUCAGGAGGAACGUCGACGGAAAUAUCUCCAGGAAUUGCAUGACAUCGACUCGCGUCGUCACACCGAUAAUUUCACGCCCUCCCAAAAGUCACCGAUCCCGUUGAACCGAUACGAUGAUUUCGUCGACGAUCUCAGCCACAGAAGCCGUUCGCAAGAACAAACGCCAGAGCCGCGUCUCGUUGCAAAGGCGCUUUAUAAUUUCGUCGGGCAAUCGUCGCGGGAGUUGACUUUCCGUCGUGGUGACAUUAUUUUCGUGCGUCGUCAGGUCGACAAGAAUUGGUACGAGGGUGAGCACAACGCCAUGAUCGGACUAUUUCCGUUCAACUACGUCGAGAUUCUUCCAUACGAUGGAAUAAGGACGACCACAACACCGAAGAAACCGUACGAAGGACAGGCCAGAGCUAAAUUCAACUUUGUUGCACAAACAACGCACGAAUUGUCGUUACUAAAAGGCGAUUUGGUGGUUCUGACGCGAAGAGUGGACGAGAAUUGGUACGAGGGUCGCAUAGGGAAUAGAAAAGGAAUAUUCCCAAUUUCCUAUGUGGAAGUUCUCGUCGAGCCAGGAAUAAGAUCAGAAACGCCAGCUCAGAAUAAACCAGUCGCCGCACCGGCUGCGCACAGUCUAUUAUCAAAUGGUUCGGCUGGAGGAAAACUCAGCAUGGGUCCUCACCAUUACACCCCGUCUAUGCCAACGAACACGAACGCGUCACAGUCCCAUUACAACUCGUUGCCACGCGUGGGGGGAUCGAAGUUGCACGUGGCGCCGGUCAACGAAACUCUUCAUAUUGACACCCAUUCGGAACCCCUUCGAUAUCGGGCUCUGUACAAUUACAGGCCGCAAAACGACGACGAAUUAGAGUUAAAGGAGGGAGACACGGUUUACGUUAUGGAGAAAUGUGACGACGGUUGGUUUGUUGGAUCGAGUCAAAGAACUGGAUGCUUCGGUACCUUUCCCGGAAACUACGUAGAGCGGUUGUGAAAACCGAAGUCAACGUUAUCGCGAAAUGAAAAAUAAAGAGUCGUACGUCUGUAAAUCAGAUUUGAUCAAUGAAUAAAACACAAUUGCGACGUUUACUGCAGACAAAAAAGAAGAAAAAUUCGUGGCAAGAUUAGAUCCGUGCCAGUUAUAAUGUAUAAUUUAUGAAAAUCAAACGCCUGUUGCAAUCUAUAUUUUGGUAUUUAUUCUUCUUCAAUUCUUUUCUUCUAUGAAAUAAAAAUCGCGUGCGCUUGAGAGAAAAAAUAUCGUAAGAGAAAAAUACAAAUAUACACAUACACAUGUAUAGAUAUAAUGGAAUUAAUAUAAGAAAUCUAUAUACAUAUACAUUAUAUUAAAUCUUGACGAUGAUUAGUCUUCCCCAAAAUCGUUCACGUAUUCGCGUAUAAAUAUAUCCAUAUAUAUAUAUAUAUUAUAGUAACACUAUAAUGUAUAUAACAAUCAUUGCAUAUUAUAUAAGUGUAAUAUAUACAUAUGAAUAUAAUAUUAUACAUACUAGCGAAUACACACGAAUACUCGAUAAUCGUGUAAUAUCACAAGACGAUAGAAAACCAUCGUGAUUAUUAUACACGUUUACAGAAUUCUAAUAAUGGGUAUAACGUCACAAAUAGAAUUUGCAUCUACCAAAAAUAACGUAUUCUUAAGCAAAUAUCCAAGUGUAAGCUAUAAUUUAACGUGUAAGUAGUGUAUAUGAUAACGAUAGUAAUUUAUUAAUAUACGAAAUACAUAAUUAUAACAGAGAUCGAGGUGUUGAAUCACUAUGUUAAAAGAAUUAUUUCCGUUGAACAAAAAGAAAUCUAUUGAGAAAAAAGAAAAAAUCAAAUAUUUAUACGUUAUAUAUAAGCUAUGUCUACUGUCGGAAUAAUGAAUUAAACAGUUAUGUCGACGAAGCGUCGUUCAAUAUUUUGAAGAACAUAAAUGCGUAACCCCAUCACGAUAAAUGUUGUUAUUCCCAAGUGUCAUAUGUAUAUACAUACAUAUAUUACACUUAUUAAAGCGAUAGCCAGGAAUCUAUAACGACGGCGUAACUAUUAAAAAAAAUUUAUUAACGAUGUAAUGAUAAUCACGUACGACUCCGUUGAACCAGUUCACGCGUAACAAACACGUAUGUUAUAGGACAUCAUGCCUAUGAGCUUUCGAAGAGUCGCUGAUAAGAUAGAUUAAACUAUACACGUUCGUAGCACUCGUUAAUCAAACCGCUGAGAGUAUAUUAUAUUACAAAUAUACACGUAUAUACAGAUUUUCCAUCGAAAUAAAUUAGCCUAUUUUGAAAUGAAAUAUGCACCGAUGAAUAUACUUAUUGUAAAGUUGUUUUAUCGAAGAGAUAAGAUAAUUUAUACGUAAUAUAAGCGUAAACGUAAUUCCUUUACACCUACCUGAUUAUUAAAAAUUUAAUCACAACAAUCGUUCAGGUGAAAUAAAAUUUUGCAGAUGAAUUAAAAAUUCGUAGGUUUACCGACACGCGUAGAUUUAUGAUAGCAUAUAAAAAAAAAAAAAAACUCAAGACUAAAAAAUAAGGAAAUAAGAUUAACAAAACGUUGUCAAUAAAUUCGUUCGAUUCGACGACAUUUUGUCACGGUUUUUAUGCUAACGGUAUCAGGAUCAUUCAAUGAAACUGUUUCCGGAAAUGCUUGAGAAAAUGAAUAAUAUAUGCGAAUAAAUAACAAAUAUAUAUAGCAGAAUAACUUGAGUUGAAAUUUUUCUAAUCUGUACGUUGAAAUUAAAGCCUGUCUUCGUUACUUGAAUAUAGAUAGUUUAGGGUAAAUGUUGUAUAUCACGAUAUGAUUGAAAAUUUACCUUUCGAAAAUACAUAUUUUUGUAAAAAUUAUUUAUAUCUAAUGAGUAUAAUAUGUAUACUAUAUAUAUAUAUAUAUAUAUAUAUAUAUAGUAUAUAGUAUAUACUUAACAACUGCAUGACGUAGGACAGAAGAAAAGAAAUAAGAAGAAAAAAAAACCAAUAAUGAUAUAGAUUUUUAGGCGCGGAUUUAUAUUAGUAGUAAUAUAUCCGUACAAUAGCGAUAAGAUGAAUGAAAAAUGUGACCUUUCAAAAUAUGUAGAACGAACAAUAACAAGUUUCCCACGCUUAACGUCGUUUAAAAAAACACACACACACAAUGUUAUAUUGUAAAAAAAAAAAAAGAAAAUCACAUGACCUUAAAUUACGAAUUAUUACAAUAAUAAUAUAGUCAUAAAAAAUAUACGGACAGUGUAAUAUAGGUAUGAUAGAAACACGAACGCAGUUGAAAAUUAUUCUCAUUCUUACACGUAUAAACAUUUAUAUAUGAUGUAUGAAUAUAUAUAUGUAGAAGUUGUAGGUGAAAAAAAAAAGAUUAAAAAAAAAAAAAAAACGACCCAGUUCAAAAUAA